ACGUGUCUUUGCGGCACCGCCGGAGAUUAAGAACGUGUUCUGUGUGUGUUUCCUGUGAUGAGAGACAGGACGCCGUGUGUCCUUCCCGAGCAGGACAGCAGGGUCCUUAUUGCAAAGCUUACCCGGUGCUCAUCCCAGGAGAAAGCUGGUUAUUGACACCUGCUUCUGCAUUCAGCCUGUCGGGAUGCCUCAUGCCCUGUAGCUUUCCAGAGAUGCCACUGGACAUUCAUGAAAUAAUGAGAGAAGAAAGAAAAAUAACACCUUAGUAUUACGAAGAAUGUCAUAUGGAUUAAUCUCCAGUCUUUCUGAUCAAAUGGCUCGGUCCCGUUAUUAUGACAUCUCCUUUUUCGGAGGAGAAAGUCUGGAUUCAGGCAGAUUUCCACGAGGUCACGCAGGUAGGAGCAGAGGAGCCAGGAGGAGGGCAGGGAUGUGCCCCCAUCGGUGGCCUCUUCACCAGAACACUGUCCUGCUGCCCGUGGGGAUGAAAGGCCACCCAGGCAUCAUUUGCAUAAAAAGCAACACACAAAUCUCAUCCAGUCCAACGGGUCUGAACAAUGGUUUCUGGGAUUCACUCAUGGCGUUACGUGUCAGGAGUUAGUCCUACUGGAAACAACUGUGGUUUUCCAUGAAGUAUGCCGGUGGUGCGGAUUGUCCGCUGAUCUGCCGACGGACAUCGGGCUAUUUCCGCUUUGGGACGAUGCACCAAGAGAGGGUUAAAAAAAAGCACCUGGCAAUCAGAGAGACUGUUGGAGGUGACACACCAGUGGCCCGUGGGCCACAAUCACCCCCUUAUUGAUUUAUAGUCCUGAAGCUAAAAUUAUGGACUUCCCAUCUUUCUAGAACAAUUGGAAGGUCUGACCCCACUGGGCCUGUGUUUCCCCAGUUGGAGCCACCUUGACCCUGGAACAUAACCGUGGUUCCCCAGACAUGACCCCAAGAAGUCAGGGCUGGACCUCAGUAAAAUGGAGAUACUAACAGGAUCUGUCCUAGAGGCGUGUUGGAAACACCAAGCGAGCAGAGACACAGAAGCUUUUCGACCAGAGCGCCAUGCUUCCUGACCUGCUCUGCGCCAGGGGCUGCCCCCGCCCAGGGCCCAGGCAGGCCAAGGGCAGGGGAGAGGUGGGCCGGAGGUCAGGACUGUGGUGGGGGGCGGGGUGGCCACGACCCUGCCCCAGGCAGCGGCUGCCCUGUGGCCAUGUGGGCCUGGUUUGGCCAGGCCCUCAGAUGGUUCUAGUAAAGUGGGAAAUCCAGAGUGUUAUUCAAAAUCUCUCGUUUUGCAAAUGCUAGUAACUCUUUUUUUUUUUUUAAUUUUGAAUGCUCUGAGUAUCCAGUAAAAGCCUUCCACUGUCCCCCACUGCCUGUCCUCGUGUUGUGGGCUGGACUUCGGUCACUCCUGACAACUCCUCUGGGCUGCAGGCGCCUGUCUUUGUCCUGCCUUGGUCUGGAGAGUGCACAGGAAAGGAGCCGAACAAAGGACCCAGGCCAGGUGGACUCUGUCCCCAGAGGAAGGGUUGAGAGAGUUCGUUCAGGACCAUGGAGAGCAGCUCCAGCAGCCCUCUGCCCACGCAGUCAGAUCCCCUGGAAGCCUUUCCCCAGAGGACACUGGAACCAGGUGACAUCGCAGUGCUGGUUCUGUACUUCCUCUUUGUCCUUGCCGUUGGACUAUGGUCCACAGUGAAGACCAAAAGAGACACAGUGAAAGGCUACUUUCUCGCCGGAGGGGACAUGUUGUGGUGGCCAGUGGGGGCAUCCUUGUUUGCCAGCAACGUUGGGAGUGGACACUUCGUUGGCUUGGCAGGAUCAGGGGCCGCCGCGGGCCUUUCCGUAGCUGCUUAUGAAUUUAAUGGCUUGUUUUCCGUGCUGAUGCUGGCCUGGAUCUUCCUCCCGAUCUACAUCGCUGGUCAGGUCACCACGAUGCCAGAAUACCUGAGGAAGCGCUUUGGCGGCAGCAGGAUCGCCGUCACCCUAGCUGUGCUCUACCUGUUUAUCUACAUCUUCACCAAGAUCUCGGUGGACAUGUACGCAGGCGCCAUCUUUAUUCAGCAGUCUUUGCAGCUGAAUCUGUACCUGGCCAUAGUCGGGCUGCUGGCCAUCACGGCGCUAUACACCGUUGCAGGUGGCCUGGCGGCUGUGAUCUACACGGAUGCUCUGCAGACGCUGAUCAUGCUUAUAGGAGCACUCAUCCUGAUGGGCUACAGCUUUGCUGCAGUCGGCGGGAUGGAAGGCCUGAAGGAGAAAUACUUUUUGGCCCUGGCUAGCAACCGGACAGGGAACAACAGCUGCGGACUGCCCCGGGAAGAUGCCUUCCAUAUUUUCCGAGACCCACUGACAUCUGAUCUCCCAUGGCCUGGAAUCCUGUUUGGAAUGUCCAUCCCGUCCCUCUGGUACUGGUGCACGGAUCAGGUGAUUGUUCAGCGGACUCUGGCUGCCAAGAACCUCUCUCAUGCCAAAGGAGGCUCUCUGAUGGCUGCAUACCUGAAGGUGCUGCCUCUUUUCAUUAUGGUGUUCCCUGGUAUGGUCAGCCGCAUCCUCUUUCCAGACCAAGUGGCUUGUGCAGACCCAGAAAUCUGCCAGAAGGUCUGUAGCAACCCCGCCGGCUGCUCUGACAUCGCAUAUCCCAAACUUGUGCUGGAACUCCUGCCUGUGGGGCUCCGUGGGCUCAUGAUGGCUGUGAUGGUGGCGGCGCUCAUGUCCUCCCUCACCUCCAUCUUUAACAGUGCCAGCACCAUCUUCACCAUGGACCUCUGGAACCACCUCCGGCCUCGGGCAUCUGAGAAGGAGCUCAUGAUUGUGGGCAGGGUGUUUGUGUUGCUUCUGGUGUUGGUCUCCAUCCUCUGGAUCCCUGUGGUCCAGGCCAGCCAGGGCGGCCAACUCUUCAUUUACAUCCAGGCCAUCAGCUCCUACCUGCAGCCGCCUGUGGCCGUGAUCUUCAUCAUGGGAUGUUUCUGGAAGCGGACCAAUGAAAAGGGUGCCUUCUCAGGUCUCAUCUUGGGCCUUCUCCUAGGCUUGGUUCGGCUGGUCCUGGACUUCAUUUACGAGCAGCCUCGGUGUGACCAGCCAGAUAAUCGCCCAGCUGUGGUGAAGAAUGUCCACUACCUCUACUUCUCCAUGAUUCUGUCUGGGGUCACCCUGAUCACCGUGUCCACCGUGAGCUGGUUCACACAGCCGCCCUCCAAGGAGAUGGUCAGUCGCCUGACCUGGUUUACUCGCCAUGACCCCCUGGUCCAGAAGGAACAGGUGCCACCAACAACUCCGCUGCCUCCCACCCUCUCCCAGAACGGGACGUCAGAGGCCGGCAGCACCAACAUCCAGUUCGAGAUGGUUCAAGAAAGCACGUCUAAACCCCACAGCAGCGACAUGACCGAAAAGCGGUCCAAAGUGGUGAAAGCCAUCCUGUGGCUCUGUGGAGUGGACAGCAAGGGCAAGGAGGGGCCCCCGGGCAGGGCGGACCCUGUCAUAGUGUCCUUGGAAGAAACCCCGUUGGUGAAAACCCUUCUGGACGUCAACCUCAUCGUCUGCGUCAGCUGUGCCGUCUUCCUCUGGGGCUACUUUGCUUAACGUGGGGUGGGCCCGGGGGUCCACGAUCUCAGUUUGUUUUCAGUGCCCUGAUUUUUUUAAUGAUGGGAAAAAAAAUAAUAAAGCUUUGUUUGUUUACCA